CUGCGCUUCACGGCGACUCGGCGCGUCACGUCGCCCGGAGCUUGCGAUGGGGGGGGGGGGAGGUCGGAGAGUCAGAGCGCGCCUUAUGGCCACGUGACCUCGCGAGGCGCUCGGCUGAGGUCACGGCCAGGGUCAGGGGCAUUCUCCCCCCCCCCCACCGUGGUGCUGGCGCGCCUCCUGCUGCCGGGGAGACUCAGCUGCUGAGCGGGAGGUCGGCGAAGGCGGGGCCGGACCGGGCACCUCCCCUCGGACCCCAGAAAAAGUCUUGCCAGGAGCCCUUGAAGCAUGUCCUCCACACUGUGCCCAGCCGGCCUGGUGCCCUUUGAAGAUCUCUUCUCCAGACCCCCGAAUCCCAUGCUGGGUGCCUCGGACCAGGAGGGCUGGGGGAGGCUAAGCUGCCCACGGCCGAGCCCUGGGCCGGCCCCCCCAGGCUCUCCCCCCAGCCCCUGUGGCAUGGGGGGUGCACUCUGUGAGCCUCCUAGCCCCCUGGAGCCCGCCCUCCCUGGCAACCUGGAGGUCACAGAGAGACUGCACUUGGGGGGCUCCCCCUGCUGUGAUUUUGGGGACCUGUUUUGCAAACCACCUAAUCCCAUGCUCUCCCCCAAUGUGGCCUGCCAGCCUCCCAUCCCGGCGCCGACUCCAGCCUCACCGAUGACCUCCAGGCCUGCUCCCAUGCCAAGGCCCAGGGCCACAAGCCCUGGUGGGGUCUCCUGUGGUCCCGGGCCCGGUGAAGCCAGGCCUAGGAAGCGUGGCGGCCAGGGCAAGAGGAAGAGCACAGAGGCUGGCGGCUCGGCGGCCAAGGGGAAGCAGCCCCAGGAGGAGGACUUUGCCCAGCUCUUGGAGCAGUACAGACGUGAGCGGGAGGCCCCCACGGCAGCCCCGGAGCCCCCAGCGCCCCCUUCCUCUGAGGGCAAGGCCAAGAAAGGAGCCAAGCGUGGCGCAAGGGCUGCCAAGAAAAAGAAGCGGGCAGGGCCUGCGAGGGCCACGGGUCCUGGGCACCCGGCAGUCCCUCCCGCGGCCCAGGAGCGGCCACCUGUGAGCCAGGAGUUCAUCGAGAAGAACACUGUGACCCUGGGCUCCCAGCGGGUGUGCAAGUACUUCCUGGCUGGGCGCUGUGUCCGUGGAGAGCAGUGCCGGCUGGACCACGCGGCCCAGGGCCUCAAGUUCCAGCAGCUCUGCAAGUUCUAUGUGCAGGGCUACUGCACGCGGGGCGAGCUCUGCCGCUUCCUGCACCAGGAAUUCCCCUGCAAGUUCUUCCACACCGGGGCCAAGUGCUACCAGGGGGACCACUGCGGCUUCUCUCACGCACCCCUGACGCCCGAGACGGAGGGUCUCCUGCAGGCUGCCCUGGCCGGCCCAGCUCCGGCGGAGGCAGCUCCGGCCCCGACUCCCUCCUGACCAGGCAGUUCUAGCACUUACUGGGCAGCUCCAGCACCAACUGGGCAGCUCCAGCCCCAGCUUCUUCCUGACCAGGCAGUUCUAGCACCCACUGGGCAGCUCCAGCACCGACCGGGCAGCUCCGGCCCCAGCUCCUUCCUGACUGGGCAGUUCUAGCACCGACCGGGCAGCUCCAGCACCAUCCGGGCAGCUCCAGCCUCGGCUCCCUCCUGACCAGGCAGUUCUAGCACCCACUGGGCAGCUCCAGCACCAACCAGGCAGCUCCGGCCCUGGCUCCCUCCUGACUGGGCAGCUACUGACCAGGUACCUCCAGCACUAGCUCCCUCCUGACUGGGCAGCUCCAGCACCAGCCGGGCAGCUCCGGCCCCAGCUCCCUCCUGACCGGGCAGCUCCGGCCCUGGCUCCCUCCUGGCUGGGCCCAGGGCACCCUGAAGACCAGCCCCUCCUGGUUUCUGUGACAAGGCCUCAAACCUGGCCCUUGAGUUUUGUAGAAACUGUCCAGCCAGGUAGGGAUUGUGGGCAUUUCCAGGUGACCUCUGGCUCGCGUUAUUGCUGAGUCACAUUAAAAAGUCCCGAGGUUCGGGUCUGUUUGUGUUUAUUCACACUCCAACCCCCCAGGGCCAAAGGGCAGCUUUGCAGCCAGUGCAGACUUGGGGGGGGUGGGGCCUCCAUCUAACAUGUGCAUGGAAGGUGGUCUCUGGCCCUCCCACUGUCUACCUCAGACCUUCCCUUUUGGGGCCCACAUUCGGGACACUGUCCUGCUGACCACUAAGAAGGGCUGGGGUCUCCAGGGUGGAGGCCACAGGCCUCGGGCCUUCCUUUCUGAUAAGAGGCAGCCUGAUCGAGUUGCCCCGGACGCGUCUCCUGCCCUUGUAUGGGCUCAAUGUCCCCUCGUGAAGUGAAGGCAGUGCUGGCUCCCUCCCAAGGAGUGGACGUGGGGCUAAAUAGGAGCGAAUGGCCUCAGUGGGCUUAGCUAACAUUUCAGCAGUAGGUGCAGGUCAGCCGUCCUUGGGCUGCGUCCCUCGUGUUGGGGGCAGGAAGGGCGGUGGGUGGGUCCAGAGGACGGAUGGAGCAGGAACAGCUGGGUCCUGUGCUCCUUGGAUCCCUGGCCUCCGGUACUCCUUAGUUUACAAAAUGAUUUGGGGGAAUGUCCUUCCGGCUCGGGGCAGCCACGGGCAUGUGGCUAGGAGGGGUGAGGUCCUCUGCAGGACCACCCCAAGCCCCCAGGCACUGGAGACAGACAUCGAACAUAUUAGGGAGAGAAGCCGUGAUCUAGAGAAAGCUGUCAGGAUGUCCUCCAUUGCAGAGAGGGAGAGGGAGAGGGACGGACCUUCCCGUCCUGGAGCCUGCUGGGGAAGCAGCCACGGUCACCCCGCAGGGAGGGCACACGGGCCUGCACCAGCUUAGAACCUUCGUGCCGGCUGCAGAGCCCUGAGCCUGGGGGCAGAUGAUGGGGGGCCGUGAGCAAGCGCUAGUAGGUCUGAGGGACCUAGCUCUGUCGAGCCGCCUUCACACCUCUGGCCCUUCAGUGCUCUAGGGUGGACACAGUCCAGAAGAUGUCCGCUGGCCUUCGGCUAGGAGGGCAGGUAGCCCCUCCUGAUCUCAGACCUUGGAGCCUCUGGUCCUGUAGAAGUGACCGAGCCCAGUGCCCCAUCUUUAUGGUUGGGGAAACUGAGGCCCAGAGAGGGAAAGAUCACAGGGAGGUCUCAGAAAGAGGGAAGCCCCCCAGGCCACUGGUGCUAGAGCCAGGCCCAUGGAGACUGAGGCUGUGGUUGUCCCUCCCCUCUGAGGGGUGCUCUGACCGGUCAUCUUUAUGUGAGGCCAUUGGGAAGAAGAAGGAGGAAGAGCAAGACGCUUGACAAAGAUUAGCCGUUAUGACAGCCUUGUGAGAGAGGCAGGCGCUAUUCAGACCCCCGGCUUACAGUUGGGGAAACUGAGGCAGGCAGGCAGUGGUGGAGGGACUUUCCCUGAGUCACCCAGCUGGGACACACCUGAGGCCAGAUUUGAACUUGGGUCUUGUGACCCCAGGCCCUAAAGGGAGCCCCCAGUGGGCUCACUUGUCCUGGGAACCAUUUCUGACUCUAGCCAGAGGUGAGGAUGGUCCUCCCUGGGCGUCCCCACACUGAGGACCCCCAGAUGGAGAGCAGGAGAAGUGGGAGAGGGAAGAAUGCCCCGGGGGGGGGGGUAGCCUGGCCCCACCCCCUCCUCCACCCCCCAUGCCCACUGGGACUGCUGUCCAAUUGCUCCCAGCCCAGUCCGGCAGUCCAGACCCGGGCUCCCUUCUCGGGGAGAUGGCUGCUGGCUCAUUUGCCCUUCUAGUGGGGGCGCGUCCGCAGGGCCUACAGAAGGCAGUGGAGGGGGGCCGACAGCUGGAGCCGAGGGAAGUGAUGAGGAGGUACCGGAGGAGCUGUGGGCCCUCUGGGCCAGGCUGGGGAGCCUGGCCUGUGGGGCUGACUGGCUGCCUAGACCAGGCCCGGCCCUCUUCUCUGCUCAGGCUCCGCCCUUAGAGGAGGAGGAACCAGGGCCUUGCCUUGCCGGAGGUCACCAGCCCCCAGAAAGCUCUCCCCUCCAGGCUGCACAGCCUCCCCGGAACCCGUGUUGGCAGAGCCCUGGGUUCAGGUCCAAGUGCCCAGAGCUGAUCGUGGGCGAGCAUUCUGUCAGGAGAGAUCCCCAGAGGGCCCCGUGAGCCCCGCAGACCCACUGCCCUCUCAUACACGUGGGGAAAGUGAGAAGGGGGCAGGGGGCCCUGCUUCUGGCCUCCAAACCCGUGACCUUUGGUGCCCAGCGGCCGGAUUUGCCUGUGCUGCCUUGCACAGAUCCUGGGCCCAGAGAGGCAGAGGGGGCCGGAGUGACCACAGGGGAGGGAGGGAGCUCAGGUGAAGGGCCUCCAGUUUCUCCAGGGUCUUGGCUGGGGGGGCAGAGAAGAGCCAUGGGCCUGCCUGAGGGGUCCGAACGCCUUCCGCCCGCUCAGUGGUCAGCGUCUGCUUCCUUCCUUCUACUUCUGAACUCCUCGGUCUGGCUUCCGACCCUGGCGUGCCACCCACACUGCCCCCUCCAAAGUCCUCGAGGUGUCUCCUGGGACCCUGCCGAUCAUCCCUUCUCCCCGUCCUGUCCUCGCACCCGUCUGAGCACUUUCUCUCCCCCCUCCCCUGCCAUUUCAUUACCAUCUCCAUGCGGAGGAUUGGCCUGGUCCCCUCCUGUCCAGUGGCCUGCAGACUGGAUGUCCGGGAGAGGUCUCAGGCUCACUGUCUCCCCCCAGAUGUGGCCUGGGCAGUGCCUCUACCUCUGCAGCCUCUCUCCUGAUGCUGCCCCUCCCUGGUGCGCACCCUCAUUGCUUCAUGCCUGGAUUAUAGUGAUGGCUGGGGGGGGGGGGGUCUUCCUUCCUCCAGCCCCCACCCUCCUUUCAGCUACUGACCAUGUGCUCUCUCCUCCUGCCCCUCCCACUAGGCUGCAGUGCCUCCCUAUGGCUUGGGAAUUCACCAUUCAAAGCCCUUCCUAACCAGCCCUUCCCGGCUCCUUACACUUUACUAUCCACACCUCCUUUUGGAUCCAGUGACACCGACCCUCCCUCUGCCAACGCUGCGGCUUUGUAGCGAUUGGAAUGACGCCACCUGCUGGAGACUUACUGUAGAAAAGCUCCACCGCGAGGUGAAGGUCUCAGAGCAAGACCAGGAGUCUUCUCUUUGGCGUCAGGAAG